UAUAAGUAACUAAUUACAAAGUAGUGUUAUUUAUUAAAUUAUUAAUACCUGUUUUGUUUCUACAACCUCAAGCGACUAUUAAUGUACUUAGGAAUAUACUUACUCCACAAGAGUAAUUCCCGCUAACUACAGUCUAUAUGUGAGAGACUGAUUUUUUAUUAUAAGAUUAAUUAAAGAUUUUAUAGCCAAUUUUGUAACCGGAACAAAUUAAAUCUGAGCCAAAUGAAGAUUAAUAAGAAGCUCCUACCCAUAAAGGGUCACUACUUCCUAUUCAAUGCGGGCACGGCGCCGCUGGUGCCGUACCUGUCGACGUACGCGCGCCAGCUGGGCUUCCCCGCGGAGACGGUCGGCCUCAUCUACACCGUGCUGCCGGUCUGCGGGCUCAUCGCCAAACCGCUGUUCGGGGUCAUUGCCGACAGAUUCAAGAUCCAGAAGCUGCUGUUUAUUCUGUUCCAAGUGUUGACGAUAGUGAGCUUCGGCGCGAUCUACUUCAUCCCCCCCGCCGCCGCCCCCGCCGCAGCCCCCGCCGUGGCGCUCGGCUGCGAGGCGGGCGCCGUCGCGCUGCGCGUGUGCCCGCACCGCCCCCUACUCGACUCCCCGCACCUCCAGACACCCAACUGCACAGUGAGAUGCGACAUGUCCAGUGCCGCGUGGCGGGCGCUGUGCGGCGCCUGGCCCGUGCGCGCCCGCAACGCCGCGCUACAAGACGUCGGUAUCUGGGACGAUUGCCCGGUAUCGGCAAAUGGCGGCAGGCUGGAGCUCCACACCGCGCACCUGCGAGACGACGACCGCUGCACGUACCUCGCGGUGCAACACAUGCGACGGGACGACGGUGUGUUGGUGCUGGGUGACGACGCGUGUUCGCCGGCCGCCGCGUCGCGCUACGAGCCCCUCCCUGCCGCCUGCGACCUCGUCUGCUACACCAUCGCGCCGCGCGAGGAGAGCGCGGGGGCGGGGUCGCCGUACACGCGGCAGUUCGGGCUGUUUUUCGCGCUGAUGAUCGCGAGCUGGGUGGGGCAGGCGGUGGUGGUGACGUUCGCGGACGCCAUCUGCUUCGGCGUGCUGGGCGACCGCGCGCCGCUGUACGGCCGCCAGCGCCUGUGGGGCUCGCUGGGCUGGGGUGUGGUGUCGCUCCUGACGGGCGCGCUCGUGGACGCGCUCAGCGACGGCGCGGUCAAAGACUACACCGUGGCGUUCGCGCUCAUGGCGGUGUUCCUGGCGGGUGACGUGGCCGUGUCGUGCGUGCUGCGCCCCCCGCCCCCCGCGCCCGUUGGCGCCGGCCUCGCGGACGUGGCGGCGCUGGUGUUGUCGGCGCCGCACGCGCUGUUCGCGGCGUGGUGCACGGCGGCAGGGCUGUGCACGGGCCUGCUGUGGAACUUCCUGUUCUGGCACCUGGAGGACGUGGCGGCGGACCCCGCCUACGUGAAGACGCAGCAGGGACUCGUUAGCGCGGUGCAGACGUUCGGGGGCGAGAUCCCCGCCAUGUUCGUGUCCGGCUGGGUAGUGCGGCGCGCGGGCCACGCGGCCGCCAUGAGCGUCGUCCUACUCGCGUUCGGCGGGCGCUUCCUGCUGUACUCUGCGCUGCGGGACGCGUGGUGGACCCUGCCGGUGGAGCUGCUGCAGGGGCCGACGAUGGGGCUGCUGUACCCGGCGAUGGCGGGGUACGCGGCUCGCGCGGCGCCCCCCGGCGCGGCGACCACGGUGCAGGGAUUGGCGGGCGCGGUGUUCGAGGGCGUGGGCGUGUCGCUGGGUAGCCUGGCGGGUGGGCAGCUAUACGCGGCGUGGGGCGGGGCAGCCACGUUUCGUUGGUUCGGCGUCGGCGCGCUGGCGUGCGGGGUGCUGCACGCCGGUGCCGCGCGCCUGCUGCCCGCGCCCUCCCCGCCGCCGCCGCACAAGCACGCCGACACGGACACCGCCGACACCGCGCCCGCGCUACCCACCGACCACUUUUAAACUUUACGCCGUACUCAGAGACAUUUCA